CUUUCUAUAUUUUCCACAUUUCCCACCUCGCACGUUGUCUUCAUUUUCCUCCUCGAUUUUUCUCUCUCCCCAUUUCCGAGAAAAUAGUACAAAGAAAAGAAAAUGGCCGAUCAGCUUACCGACGAACAGAUCUCUGAGUUCAAGGAGGCCUUUAGCCUCUUCGACAAGGAUGGCGAUGGGUGCAUUACUACCAAGGAGCUGGGAACCGUGAUGCGAUCACUUGGGCAGAACCCAACUGAGGCAGAACUUCAAGAUAUGAUAAACGAAGUUGACGCCGAUGGAAAUGGGACCAUUGAUUUCCCGGAAUUCCUUAACCUGAUGGCAAGAAAGAUGAAAGAUACCGACUCAGAAGAGGAACUUAAAGAAGCAUUCAGGGUGUUCGACAAGGACCAGAAUGGUUUCAUAUCUGCUGCCGAGCUCCGUCAUGUCAUGACAAAUCUUGGUGAAAAGCUUACAGAUGAGGAAGUUGAUGAGAUGAUCCGUGAAGCUGAUGUUGAUGGUGAUGGGCAGAUCAACUACGAUGAGUUCGUCAAGGUCAUGAUGGCCAAGUAAGAACCUCUCUGUCUAACCAUAAUCGAGCCAAAACCGGUGAAAACCCCCCCCAAAAAAAAAAAAAACCAGGGCAGACCAGUUUGCUAAAAUUUAUAUUUCCUUGGUAGGACAUAAAUGUUUUUAUUGUACUAGUUUUUGAUUGUGGGUUUCAUGUUUACAUACUAUUUCUUACUUGUUUGCCCUGUAUUUUUUUGUUCAUUACUGUCCCUAUCAUUAUACAUUUGGUGCUUUUAUUUCUA